AUGCACCCCUCCACGCACGCGCACACGCACACGCACACGCACGCCAUCAUGAUCAAGUCCAUCUUCUACUCGCACUUCCACCCCGGCAAGGGCCCACAGGUCGUCUACCAAGUGCCCGACGGGUCCAUCACGCCCACCACCACCACCACCACCACGCCCACCACCACCACGCCCACGCCCACGCCCACGCCCACCACCGCACCCACGCACGCCCCGCCGCUGUUCGACUUCGACACCAUCAGCCCGCACAUCAUCCCCAAGCAGGAGCUGUGCGACCGGCUCGUGACCGUCUGCACGGGGGCCUACCGCAUCCUGGGGUACCCCGUGUGUCUGCCGGACCGCAAGUACGCACGGAACGAGUUCAUCUUCAAUUUUGCGAUCGUGGUGGACGCGGAGGUCGAGUACAGCACGUAUAAGAGCGUGGUGCGGAAGGUUGCGAAGCUGUUUAAGGCGCUGGAGGAGCAGAGCGGGUUCCUGAGUAAUGAGGUGACGAGGGCGGGCGUGUAUGCGCUCAUUGAGCAGGUCAUGGAGGACCUGAAUAACUAUUCGGAGUGCAUGAUCCCCAUCAACGAAAGCAACACCCUCAACCUCAAGCUCUUCCCCACAUACGCGCCGCCGCCGCCCGUGCGCCCCUACCACGUGCCCCUGCUCACCGUGCAGCUGGACCAGCUCAUGGACGUCAACUGGGACCUGACGAUGCAGCGCAUCGUGCCCUACAUCGACGGCAUCAACAGCGUCAAGCGCAUCGCGGACCUCUCCGACAGCGACUACACGCUGACGCGCAAGUGCGUCGACCACCUGCUGUACUACGGCUGCCUCGUCAUGGUCGACGUCUUCCAGUUCGGCGCCAUCUACGCGUGCACCGCCGAGAUCAGCAGCCUCGUCGCCGAUGUCGCGGCCCAGGAGGAGUGUGCGGCCUAUGUCAGCACAAGCGGCAAUAGGGUGCCGUUUCCGAGGCUGCUGGAGAUGUAUACGAGCUUGAGUCAGGGCGUGGUGCUGCGGAAGUGGUGUGUGGAGAAUGCGGGUAGGUUGGGCGGGGUGGAUGUGAGGAGGUUUGUGUCGUUUGGGGUUGUGAAGGGGUUUUUGUAUCGCAGUCAUCGCUGGCCCGUGCUGGUGGAUGGGGAGAAGAGGGCGGGUGCGCUGUGGAGGUGGGUGGAUGGGGGGCAUUGUGUGGAUGAGAUUUGUACGGAGUUGGGGAUGGGCGAGAGGGAGGUGUUGGGGCUGCUGGAGGGGUUGGAUGUGGUCAUUGUGAAUCGGUGA